AUGGAUCUAAAACAAUGGGUCGUUGGUGUCAGUGGGUCGUUGAUCGGUGGUGUCAGUGGGUCGUUGAUCGGUGGUGUCAGUGGGUCGUUGAUCGGUGGUGUCAGUGGGUCGUUGAUCGGUGGUGUCAGUGGGUCGUUGAUCGGUGGUGUCAGUGGGUCGUUGAUCGGUGGUUGUCGAUCGGUGGUUGUCAGUGGGUCGUUGAUCGGUGGUGUCAGUGGGUCGUUGAUCGGUGGUUGUCGAUCGGUGGUUGUCAGUGGGUCGUUGAUCGGUGGUGUCAGUGGGUCGUUGAUCGGUGGUGUCAGUGGGUCGUUGAUCGGUGGUGUCAGUGGGUCGUUGAUCGGUGGUGUCAGUGGGUCGUUGAUCGGUGGUGUCAGUGGGUCGUUGAUCGGUGGUUGUCGAUCGGUGGUUGUCAGUGGGUCGUUGAUCGGUGGUGUCAGUGGGUCGUUGAUCGGUGGUGUCAGUGGGUCGUUGAUCGGUGGUUGUCGAUCGGUGGUUGUCAGUGGGUCGUUGAUCGGUGGUGUCAGUGGGUCGUUGAUCGGUGGUGUCAGUGGGUCGUUGAUCGGUGGUGUCAGUGGGUCGUUGAUCGGUGGUUGUCGAUCGGUGGUUGUCAGUGGGUCGUUGAUCGGUGGUGUCAGUGGGUCGUUGAUCGGUGGUGUCAGUGGGUCGUUGAUCGGUGGUUGUCAGUGGGUCGUUGAUCGGUGGUGUCAGUGGGUCGUUGAUCGGUGGUUGUCAGUGGGUCGUUGA